AUCGAAAUGUUUCCACACUAGAAGCAGCUCCUGUAACUGAGAAACAUGGAGAACUGAUGCUAUCACAUAUCCAAUAUUGUCUGAAGGGGAGAACCAAAUUCCCCAUAUAGGUUAAAUAGUUUGCCAGAAUAAGAUGGUUUACCUCACAUGACUAUAUACUUCUAUACGCAUGGCUGCAGGGGCCAACGGCUCUACGCGUGCGCAGUGGGUAACAUCCGGGGCUCGGACAAGGAUGAACGCCAAUUUCCAAGAUGGCGGCGGAGGGAGGAGGGAAGGAGAUGAACGAAAUUAAAACUCAAUUCACCACACGAGAAGGUGUCUACAAACUCCUCACGCACUCCGAAUACAGCCGCCCGAACAGGGUGCCUUUCAACUCGCAGGGCUCCAACCCGGUCAAGGUCUCCUUCGUCAAUGUAAACGACCAGUCCGGCAACGGCGACAGGAUCUGUUUCAAUGUGGGCCGGGAACUGUACUUUUAUAUCUACAAAGGCGUGAGAAAGGCUGCUGAUCUUAGUAAGCCCAUCGACAAGAGGAUAUACAAAGGAACGCAGCCCACGUGUCAUGACUUCAACCCCAUCACGGCCACGGCAGAGAGCGUCUCCCUGCUGGUGGGCUUCUCGGCGGGCCAGGUGCAGCUCAUCGACCCGAUAAAGAAGGAAACCAGCAAACUCUUCAAUGAAGAGAGACUUAUAGACAAGUCGCGAGUAACGUGUGUACGAUGGGUUCCUGGUUCAGAGAGCUUGUUUCUGGUGGCUCACUCCAGUGGCAGCAUGUAUUUGUACAACGUGGAAAACACCUGCGGCACCACGGCACCUCACUACCAGCUUCUCAAGCAGGGUGAAAACUAUGCUGUGCAUACCUGCAAGAGCAAGUCGGCUCGCAACCCGCUGCUGCGCUGGACCGUGGGCGAAGGGGCGCUCAAUGAGUUCGCCUUCUCCCCGGAUGGCAAGUUUCUGGCUUGCGCCAGCCAGGACGGCUUCCUGCGGGUGUUCGGCUUCGACGCGGCGGAGCUCCACGGCACGAUGAAGAGCUACUUCGGCGGCUUGCUGUGCGUGUGCUGGAGCCCGGACGGACGGUACAUUGUGGCGGGAGGGGAGGACGACCUGGUGACGGUGUGGUCGUUUUCAGACUGCAGAGUGAUCGCGCGGGGGCACGGUCACAAGUCGUGGGUGAGCGUGGUGGCAUUCGACCACUGUACCACCAGCGUGGAGGACGGUGACCCCCCUGCCGAGUUCAGCGGUAGUGACGAGGAAUUCCUCGAGCAGAUUCACUUUGGCGUGGGCAGAGACAGAGCGAACAGCGCGCACUCUCGUCUCUCUAAGAGAAACUCGACAGACAGUAGGCCCGUCAGUGUGACCUACAGAUUUGGCUCAGUGGGCCAGGACACCCAAAUGUGUCUGUGGGACCUAACGGAGGACAUUCUUUUCCCUCACCUGCCUCUGUCCCGCACUAGGACUCACACUAAUGUUAUGAGUGCUACAAGCCCUCCAGCCACUGGACAAACAACAACAACUACUACUGCUACGACAACAUCGACGACUACUACUGCUGCUACUGCUCCCGCUACCGCUACUGUACCCGCCACUAAUCCCAGUGGCACCAAUGGUAAAGACAAUACGAGUAAUAGCAGUACCAGUGGCAACCCACCUAACUCCCUUUCCAACACCCUGCCUCGGUCCAACAGCUUGCCACACUCUUCCAACCCAACAGGGGCCAGCACCCCCAACAGUCACACAGGCAGCAACAGCAGCAGCAGCACCACCACCACCACCACAGCCGCCUCCACAACCACCACCGCCACCACCACCACCACCACCACCACCACCACCACCACCAAGGCCAACAGCAUCAUUGACAGCGCUUUCAUCGCCACUGGCGUCAGCAAGUUCGCCACCCUGUCGCUGCACGACUCGCGCAAGGAGCGCCACGAGAAGGACCACAAGCGGAACCACAGCAUGGGUCACAUCAGCAGCAAGAGCAGCGACAAGCUCAACCAGCUCAGCUCGACACGGACGGCAAAAGCGGAAGCCGCUAAGACUCUGGGCACCCUGCUGUGCCCGCGCAUGCAGGACGUGCCGCUGCUCGAGCCGCUGGUGUGCAAGAAGAUCGCUCACGAGAGACUCACUGUGUUAAUCUUCCUUGAGGACUGUCUGGUAACAGCCUGUCAGGAGGGUUUCGUUUGCACAUGGGCUAGGCCCGGGAAAGUGGGUUUGCUAUCAUCUCAAAACAACCCAGCCAACUCCCCCAGUGGAACAGUAGUAUAGCCCCAGUGCUGGUGCUGCUAAUGACAGCUCCAUGCAACAGAGACGGGGAAGACCAAGGCCAAGGUCCUGCGGCGCUUCUUCACAUACUGUCUCACACGCACACCACACGACCUCCAGUGUUCACCUUCAUUCUCAUCAGUACCACCAUCCCGAUGUUACCGCUCAUGCUCACACAAGCAACGUUGGCCAAGCCACAGGUUCGAAAAAACUUGACGCCCUGUUGUCUGGGCGUGGAAAAAAAGAAAAAAAAAAGGGUGCUAUUGGAAGUAAGAUGGCAAGCUUUAAAUCGUCCAGGAGGUUUAUGGGAGGGAUGUUCUCGCUGGCUCGUUGUUCCAUCUACGGUCAUAUCAAGUCGUGUCUAGUCUAAAAAUAACAAACUCUAGUACCCAAUCCUUUGUGCCUGUAGAUCUUUUAAAGACUAGACAUGCUGUAAGCAUUGUUGUGAUGCCUCAACCUGACCUUUUUCUGUGGGUUUAAUUCGGAGAUCUUUCCCCUAUAUUUUGUUUCUUCAAAUGUAUUCACGGAAAACAAAAAGGGAAUUAGAUGAGGGAUUUUUUUUUAAAACAUUUUUUGGAGCAGCAGCCACAUCUUUCAUUGUUUUCACUUCCUGGGCGAUCUCUCGUGCAGCUCCAGAACCUGAACACCUGUUCAAGAGAAACUGGAGCCUUUCACUUCCUUUACAAAUAUUUUAAAUCAGUAGUAUCACACUUUAAAGUGUAUUUGCACAGAUCUUUUUUCUUUUUCUUUCACUCUUGUUGCUUUUGGUUCCCCCCACCCCCUCCAUUUUGAAUUUGUGACUGUGGAAAACAAGCAAAACAUUUUGAAGACCGCUUUGGAAGCACUUGGGGGGGGAAAACGGCUUCUUAUUGCCCUCUGUCUCAACGCUGGAUGCUGCAAUCAUAGUUUUUUAUAUAUGGAAAAAAAAAAUUGUUUGCACUUAGUAGUUUGUUAGAGGAGAAUGGCUUUACAUUUUUUGGAGUGUGUAAGGACUCCUUGACAAGGUUGAAAUAUAUAAAUAGAAUUUAAAAAGAAAACCUUUGUAUCUAUUGAACAUUUAUUUUAAUAUUGUUUCAGAUUAAAUGGGCUCUGUAUUAUAUGUAAAUAUUGUACUUCAAUGAUUUAUGGGUGAAAUGAUCAUUAUUACAUUAGUGCAAAGAUCCUUAUUUCAGAAAAUAGUGAUAUUUCUAAUACAGAAGAUCUAUACCUAAUAUUAAAUGACUCUUGAA